UGUUUGAACAAGAGGCUGAGAAAAGUUAGUAGCGGAUUUUUCUGGCGUCUGACCUGCAGCAGCAUCCGUCGAGAGCAUCAUGGCAAACAAAGCACAGCAGCCUCCUCACCUGCACCUGGCCGAGGUCACCGCGUCCCAGUUCCUGGACAUUUGGAAACAUUUCGACGCGGACGGUAAUGGCUACAUCGAGGGGAAGGAGCUGGAGAACUUCUUCAGGGAGCUGGAGAUGGCCCGAAGAGGAGCAGGGGUGGAUCCUUCAAACCCCACAUUCAGAGAAAAGAUGAAGGAGUUCAUGCAGAAGUUCGACAAGAACAAAGAUGGACGAAUUGAGAUGUCAGAGCUGGCCCAGAUUCUCCCAACUGAAGAGAACUUCUUGUUGUGCUUCAGACAGUUUGUCAGCUCCAGCGCCGAGUUUAUGGCGGCAUGGCGGCGAUAUGAUACAGAUCGCAGUGGCUAUAUUGAAGCAAAUGAAUUGAAGGGCUUUCUGUCAGACCUGCUGGAGAAGGCUAACAGACACUACGAUGACCAGAAGCUGCAGGAGUACACACAGACCAUACUCAGGAUGUUUGAUCUGAAUGGAGAUGGGAAGUUGGGCCUGUCAGAGAUGGCGAGGCUUCUCCCUGUUCAGGAGAAUUUCUUACUCAAAUUCCAGGGCGUCAAGUUGACCACGGAGCAGUUCAAUGCCAUCUUCACAUACUAUGACAAGGACGGUAAUGGCUACAUUGAUGAGCAGGAGUUGGAUGCUCUGCUACGAGACCUUUACCAGACAAACAAGAAGGAGGUGGACGUGAAGAACCUGACGGGCUACAAGCAAAGCAUCAUGAGCCUGUCUGAUGGAGGGAAGCUCUACCGUGGCGAGCUGGAAAUUGUCCUCUGCAGGGAGCCAAUUGUGUGACUCUUCCUCCUCUCUUGUUGCAUAUCAUCAUUUUCUCUGCCUGCCCCGCCCUGCUCUCCUGAGACCACUCCCACUUCCAGCUGCCUGGGAACAUAUACCAGGUGCAUGUGCCGGACACUCCCACCUCCCCCAUCAUUUCCCCAACCUGCUCUAAAGUUACAACAUCAGAAUGAAUGAUAAGUGCACUGUCAGCAUACAACAGCUCUUCUUCCUUAAACCCUUAUUUUCUGCAACCUGACCUCUCAACCCUGACCCUGACCUAUCUGAAACCUGUAGAUUUUCACCCUCUCAAUUCUUCCCCAUGUCUUAACAUUUCUAAACUCAUCCCCGUCCCUGCCGCCCAUGCUGUGCCUGACUUGCAACUCCUGACCAAAAGCCCAAACCCCAUUAUUCCACAGAAACGACCUUUUGACCUAUUGAUAACCCCUGAACCUUGACCCCAGCUUCAGUGACCCCUCCAUUCCCUCGCUCUAUCAACUUUGCAUUAGAAACAAUAUAUAGUCAAAACAAAACUGCAGUGAGCUGUAGUUGAAUUUAUCUAAUUUAUAGUCUGUGAUUGAACUGGUAUUGAUUUUUCCACUUCUGUUUGUCCUGAAGCCCCUUGUUCCAUGAAAACUCUUCUGUACCAUUGCCAUGAUAUGAUUUUCAUUUUCAAUGUUUGUUUUUGGCUGAUA